GAAUCAGUAUACUGUUGUUUUUUCUGUAACCAAUGUACUACAUAUUGAUUUUAUUUGCUAGCUAUUAUGCUUUGUUAAUUGCUAAAUAUAACUGCAUCUUUAGAUAGGUGAACACAAAAUUGAGAUACACAUAUGUACACCACAUACAUACUUAGUAUGCAUUCGUGUAUAACUAUAAAAAGGCUGUUUGUGAGAGAUUUAGGCAUAAUAUUAUUUUGCAGUAUAUAACACUGACAACAUACACUGACGAGAGAUUUUGAAUCAUGAAAAAUAUACUACAAACGAUAUUAUGCUGCCUGCUACUCCUAUUAUCUAAUAACAAUGCAACUAUUGAAUAUGACAGCGACGGUAACUAUAUCGGAAAAGACAGCGACAAUGCCGAUAACGGAGAAACACAACCAGUCGCAAAUCAGUCAGAAAGCACUGCGUCAGCUGGCACUGAUCAACAGUUGACUACCACGCCUCAAUUCCUGUCAGAAACACCAGAAACACAACCAGUCGCAAAUCAGUCAGAAAGCACUGCGUCAGCUGGCACUGAUCAACAGUUGACUACCACGCCUCAAUUCCUGUCACAAACACCAGAUGGUGCUGACAAGUUUAUUAAUUACUAUGAUCCGAAUUCAACACUAGACGCAUACGCAGAUUCAUACCGCCAAGUUGUGAAUAAUAAAUUUCACAUGAUUGAAAUUCAGACUUAUAAAGAUCCCCAUAAUGUCGAAGAAACAAUAAAACCUGAAAUCCUGAGACUUGAACGCUUAUAUCAAAGUAAAUGGGCGAAGGAAUUUCUCGAAUCAAUCGGUGCGGAAGAUAAGAACCUCGUGAAUCUUUAUAAUGAUGAAUACAAGAAGGCAUUGGAAGAAGAUAAAGCUUUUAAUUACAAAGUUCUUGUUAAUAAAGGACUAUACAGGCGGUUGAAAAUGCUGAUUUCAAGAAAAUGGGAAAAUCGAAAAAAUCUUGAUAUUGCAGAAGACACAUUUUUUGAAGAGACAUCAGGCAGUUUGAAAAAAUACAAAGUACAAAUUGAACUGACAAAGAAGGACUUGAUGGAAGCGAAAAAAGCAGUGAAUGCAUCCGAAGCUAAACUUAAAGUGCUGGAAACAGCAGCAGUCAUCGCAUCUAAUGCAUACAGAAAUAGUUCAAAUUAUUUGCGAAGAUUGAAUAAGGAAGCAUCAACAAAAGACUCACUGAAUGAUGAGAAAAUUACACAAGUUUAUUGGAAAGCUCGUUUUGAUUUUGCCGACGGCACAGAUGAACUACGUGACAAAAUAAAACUAUUGGAAAUGAAGAGGAUUGAUUUUUUAAAAUGCGAAUUGCCUAGCACUGUCUAUCCCACAUUUGCCUCAUACCUUUCUACUCUAAUGAAUCAAUCAAUUUCUGAAUGA